AUGGCACCUGGUAGCGGCGCCCUGUGUACGAUAGCUACAGGGCCCAAUAGUAUACCGGUUUCCCCGAAUUUGCGAGAAAAAUUGCUGGGUCGGGUAGCAGCUCCUGAGUCAACCGCACAGACGCACAGUUGCUGCUUAGAUCAAGUUUGGAAGGGGCAAUGGUGGCAGAUAAGUGGGGAGGAAGAUACCCAAGGGGGGAGCCUGUGUAGCGCAGGAACAGCAGCUGUCCUGAGAGUGGUGGUAGCAGGACAACGAUGCGAAGCGCUGGUAGAUACGGGAGCAUCCAGAAGCUUUAUAAACCCGGAUAAAGUGAGGAAACUUCAGCUAAAGGAGAGAUUACUAGCGGAGGAAUGCUGUUUCACGGUGGCGAACGGAGAGAAGUUGAGGAUCACUCGAGUAGUCAAACGGUUAGUUAUGUGGAGCGGGGGCAUGAAACUAAUUGGGGACUUCUUAGUGGGACCGGUGCCUUACGAUCUAGUGGUGGGACUAGACUGGUUGACUGAGCACGAGGUUGCGUGGUCUUUCCCUUCGGAUGAACUACGUGCACUGGUAGAGGGCCAAUGGAUUAAGUUGACACUCGUUCGUUUAAGCAAAGGGAGGUCGGAACGGGUUAGCGACCCCCUGGUAAGCCCAAAGUCACCAGCCGAACGGGCGUAUGACCUACUAGCCAGACAAAUAGCUGAGAUGCCACAGGAGGAGGCUAUGGCACUUCUACGCCCCCAGCCUAUGAAGCACAAGUCACACACGCUAAAGGGACUGAAGGUGGAUAUCAAGGCACUACUACAACAGGCCAGGGAGAACACAGCACAGAUUCAACACCCGAUGCAAGGGCUGUCUUCUAUCCUCGCAAUCCCGGUGGGCGAGAAGCCCGAAACACCGAAUCCGACAGAGGCUGGGCAAGGGACAUGGUGCUGCGCCGUGUUGGGAACCCCCAAGGUUCCUGCAGGGGCUGGGGGGAACAGAGAAAUGGGGGAACAAGAGCAGUUAGACGAUGAGGAGGAGUCCCCUUGGCCGACAGCUACCCUGGAGUAUUCGCGUUUCGAUGAAUGGCUAAAGUCCGAGGCAGCGUCGUCGACCCCUUCAAUCAUCCUUGAUGUGUUGAAGGGAUACCGAGCAGUGUUCCCUGAUCAGCUGCCCGCUGGACUACCACCGAAGCGCCCUUUUGAUCAUCGGAUCCUCCUAGUGCCUGGGAGGAUGCCUACAAAGUCGCCGAUAUACCGAAUGACCCCUGAACAAUUACAGGCACACAAACAGGAGAUAGCCCGACUGACUACUAAGGGAUGGAUAGGGCCUACAUAUUCCCCUAUAUGCGCCCUGACUAUCAUGGGGGAUAAGAAGGACGACGGGACGGGGGAACAAAAGAUGAGAAUGGUAGUUAACUAUAGGGAGAUAAAUGCUCUUACGGUGGCGCCCGACUUCCCCUUACCUCCCAUUGCCACUAUCUUGGAAAUGCUGGGAGGGGCCAAGUAUUUUUCCUCUUUGGAUCUGGAGUCGGGAUAUCAUCAGGUACGCAUGGCACGGGAGGACCGGUGGAAGACUGCGUUCAGUUCCGUGCUUGGCCUUUUUGAGUAUAAGGUGAUGCCUUUCGGCCUGAAAGGAGCACCUGCAACGUUCCAAGCAAACAUUAAUUAUUGUCUACAACCAUUCUUGGGACAAGGGGUGAUAGCCUAUUUGGAUGAUAUACUUAUAUACAGCUCUGAUUUACAAGGCCACGCUACUCUAUUGAAACAAGUUCUAAGUAUCUUACAAAAGAAUUACUUCUUUCCGAAGUUCAGCAAAUGUGAGUUCGCAAAGAAAGAACUCACGUAUCUGGGGUACACAGUCAGCGCGGAAGGAAUCAAACCCGCCGCUGACAAAGUUGCAGCCGUUCAACAGUGGCCGGAGGUGCUACAGAAUGACACCCAGGUGCGGCAGUUCCUGGGCACUGUAAACUACUGUCGUAUGUUUAUGGGGGCAGACUAUGCUAGAGUGGCCCGCGCCCUACUGGAACCCACACGGAAGGGGGCCCUUUUCAAGUGGACGGAGGCCCACACACAGGCAGUGCAACAGCUCAAACGAAAACUAACUGAUUACGUCACCCUCCAGAUACCCGAUACCACGAAGCCUUUUGACCUGUACACGGAUGCUUCGGGAUUUGCGUUGGGUGCGGUCCUAGAGCAGGAGAGAAAACCAAUCGGGUUCCUGAGCCAAACAAUGAACGCUGCGCAGCAGAAGUACUCAAUCUAUGAUCAAGAAUUAUUGGCACUGGUUACCGCUUUGGACAAGUGGUCACACCUACUGCGGGCAGUGAAGGUAACGGCCUACACGGAUCAUCAAGCACUAACACACCUGCAACAACUUAGGGCAUCCAAACCUUUAAGGGGGCGUACCGCCAGGUGGCUUGAUUUCCUCGCAGAGUUCCCUGAACUGACGAUCUUAUACCUGCCAGGCACACGCAAUCAAGUAGCGGAUGCAUUGUCACGUAACCCUGGAGGGCCUACAACCAAGGCUCCCAGCAGUAUUGACACCCAACAAGACUCAUUGGUUUCCCUCGCACCCGCUGAGGUACCCUUAACUCCACAUCCUGAAACUAGAAGACGACGUAACGACUGUCGACAACUAGCCGGCAUUCGGGCGAGGACGCGGCAACAGCGGAGAAGCGAGAAGCCCACGGAGGUGACCCUGGAUACACAACAGCAGCGCGAUCGGCCACAGCAACAGACGAGUGCAACACACAAGCCGAAUUCCCCUACACACGCUCUCGACUGGCCAGGGGCAUACUCUAAGUGUCCAGUCUUCCGCGAAGCUUAUACGGCCGCUGCCAAGACCCCAGGAGAAACUGUCCAUGCCGAGAUUCAUCAACGCCGCUAUGGGUUUUGUUACCAGCACCCAUAUCUGCGCAUAUGUCAGAAUGGCAUUUGGCUGAUAUGUGUCCCACAAUUACCGGAGUUCGUAACGCAUAUACUAUACCAGUUUCACGAUCACGUCACAGCGGGGCACAGGGGACAAAAGAAGACUUUCCUUGCAAUCAGCAAAUAUUACUAUAGGCCUGGGAUGCGCACAUAUACGAAUACGUACGUGGAUUCGUGUGUACAAUGUCGAGCUUCGAAGAGGGUCACCCAGAAACCCGCCGGCCUGUUGCAGCAACUCCUGAUACAGUCACGGCGUUGGAGCCACGUGAGCUUGGACUUUAUCACCGUGCUGCCACACACACACGCAGGACACGACGCCAUCUUGGUGCUGGUGGAUUCACUGAGCAAGAUGGCCCAUUUCAUCCCCACGCGCAAGACAAGUUCAGCAGCAGACACGGUAGCACUAUUGGCGGACAGGCUCAUUCGAUAUCAUGGGUUCCCAGAGACCCUAGUCUCAGACAGGGACCCGCGUUUCACCUCGGAGAUCUGGGAGGCGCUGUGCUAG